AUGGAAUCGUGGCCCAAGUACUUGGAGCUCAGCCCUGCAGGUGAGCUCGUUGAUAUCAGCGACCAACGCACUCCGCGCAAUACAGAGCAUGCGCGACACUCUGUGCAGCAGGAUGUUCCAUCUUCAGCACGUCCUCCACCACUGGAAGCUAUAUCUGCCAGCAGACGAGAGCUUAGAGAAUCUACACUACUUUGGUUCAAGCACGCUUUUGACGAACCGUCUAAAGAGAUGAAUACAAUGCGCCCGGCGUCACGCUCUGAUCUGGAGCGAGCAGCCGGACAGCUGCAUGCCUCUCAACAGUUUGACAUGCCAAGCUUGCCCAAGAAGAUGGUUUCGGAUUCAAAUAAACGCUGCGCUUCCGCAUCAUCAUCACACUACUCUACAACCAUACCGGAAACUCCAAAGUUCACCCAAAAGAAAAGGAGAAGGGCCAGAUGGUGGUUGAUAGUACUACCUUCUGCGGCUGUUUUCGGUUUCAUCAGUAUACUAUCGCUUUUCCUGGGAAUACCCAACAUUCUGAAUCGUUUCCUCCGAUUCGAUCUGCAUGAGCUGUCAAUCUCAAACCAAACAGCCAGCUCGUUCUCGGCAAACCUGAAAGUCGACGUCUUUGCAUCCACACGACCAUUCAGCACGAUCGUGUCGGCUACCACUAUGACCAUCAAGUAUGACAAAGACUUGUUCAACUUGGCUGCUCCAGAUAUGGCAGUCCGUCGCACUGGCGUUGAAGUCUCUGGAAUAGAUGUCGUACAAGUGCUCAGCGCUGAUUCACUCAAGGCUUUACUACAAAGGUUGCUGUUCGACCAAAAGUCAGCUAGAGUCGAGAUGAGGGCAAAGACGAAGCUCAAGUUCAACGCACACUUUGCUGUCCCCAUCAGGCUAAAGAAGUCUCUUGACAUUGCAGCCAUUGAUACUCAAUUCCACGCAAACAUCACAUACAAGCCGACUGUGCUACGGCUAGCCUUCCAUAAUCCAACACAUGUCUCUAUUCAAAUGGAUGAGAUGUCUGUUGUGAUCAAGAGCCAGAAUAGCAGCCUUGGCACAUUGCGCUCUCCAUCUGUCAUCAUCAGACCUGGAAGAAACGAAAUCUCACUGUUCGGCAAUAGUACUGGCGUGGCUGAUCAUGCAAUCGUGACAGUCUUUCCAGGAGUCGCCUCUGCUGCAUUUGUCGGACGUCGCAUCAACUUCAACUGA